UGUAAUGACAGUUCCUCUGACAAAUACAAAAUGGUUGAAAACUAAAGUUGGCAAACAAAGAAAGGCAGUGUAAAUCGUGUAUAAACGUUUAAAACCGUUUUUGAAGUGAGAGUUUGGUAGUUUAGUGUGUAAUUAGUGAUUUGUGCACAAUGCUGGAUUUGGAAAUCAUCCCCGAACGUUCCCUGGGCUGCGACGCCUGGGAAUUCGUUUUAGGGAUGCAUUUCUCGCAGUCCGUGGCCAUUAUACAAAGUCAAGUCGGGACGAUACGUGGAGUACAAGUUCUAUACAGUGAUCAGAGCCCCCUGUCGGUGGACCUAGUAAUUAAUAUGCCUCAGGACGGCAUCCGGUUGAUUUUCGACCCGGUGGCGCAGAGGCUCAAGAUCAUAGAGAUAUACAAUAUGAAAUUAGUUAAACUUAGGUAUAGCGGUAUGUGUUUCAAUUCUCCUGAAAUAACGCCAUCUAUCGAACAAGUGGAGCACUGUUUCGGGGCGACGCACCCCGGGCUGUACGACUCCCAGCGCCAUCUGUUCGCGCUCAACUUCAGGGGACUGUCGUUUUAUUUCCCUGUCGAUAGCAAAUUCGAGCCGGGGUACGCGCACGGACUGGGCUCCUUGCAGUUCCCCAACGGCGGGUCGCCCGUCGUGUCCCGCACCACCAUCUACCAUGGAUCUCAACACCAGGCCAGCAGUUCAAGCGGCGGCCUCUGUCAAGCCCCACUGCCGGAUUUGCCCCUGUGCUGCUAUAGGCACCAGCUACACCUGAGACGAUGCGAUGUACUGAGAACUACCACUGCCACUCUAGGGCUGAGACUGCACAUGUUCGCUGAGGGCACGAGCAGAACUCUAGAAUCGGUCCCGCGUUCGAUCCGUCGCGUCGUACGUUUCGGCGACAGCUGUCAAAGCGUGUGUCGGGCCUUAGGAGCCCCGGCCAGAUUGUAUUAUAAAGCGGACGAUAAGAUGCGCAUACACCGCCCCACCGCUCGCCGCCGCCCGCCCCCCGCCACUGACUACUUCUUGAACUAUUUCACGCUGGGAUUGGACGUGUUGUUCGACGCCCGCACACACCAAGUGAAGAAGUUCGUACUGCACACCAACUACCCGGGGCAUUACAACUUCAACAUGUACCACCGCUGCGAGUUCCAACUGGCGGUGUUGCCUGACAAAUGCGAUCCUAACUCGCUAGUGGACAACCGUACGGCGGUCACAAUAACAGCGUACAGCAAGUGGGAGGUGGUCUCGCGAGCUUUACGCGUUUGCGAGAGGCCCGUGGUGCUCAACCGGGCUUCCUCCACCAACACCACCAACCCAUUCGGCUCCACGUUCUGCUACGGGUACCAGGACAUGAUCUUUGAGGUGAUGUCGAAUAACUACAUUGCGUCGAUAACUUUGUACCAACCAGAGGGGUCCAGGCCUCACUACGCGGUCAACUCUAUCGCGUGACACAGCCAGGUAUCACCCAGCAAAGGUAAAUAUGCGUCCUGAACACUUUUGGUUCUCAAUCUCAAAAAACAAAACCUCCACUAGUGGCAACAACACCGUACCAAUGUUGCCACAACAAAAAACAAACUUCAGUAGAAGUGACCACAUAUCCCUUACAUGAAUGAGCACCUAAGAGAAACAGUAUUUUAAAAAAAAUGUGAUAAAACCUGUGAAAAAAAAACUCAAAAAAAAAGUGAGUGACAGAUCUCAGGAGUGUAAGUUUUAAUUUAAUUCCUUAGCAUCAAUGGACGAAAUAGUAAAAAAAAGUAAUAAUUUUAUUUUAUAAAUAAUGUAAUUAAGUUUUCAAAUUGCGGACAGUUAAUGAUUAAAUUAGUCAAAUGUGUUCGUUUUUCAUUUGUGAUGUGGUGUGAUUGGCCAUGAUAUUAAAUCAUAUUUUUUUUGGCUACUGUUCAAAAUACAUUAAAUUCGGUGGCUGAGUAGACCUGUAGUUAUUUAUUUUAUGUAGUGUUUGGUUUGCUCAUAGCUAAUAUUCCAUUGAAUAUUAAAUAUUUGAAAAUUUAUAAUUUAUAAGAUGUUUUUUUUUCAUAACUACCACUAUAUGUUUGAAGGACCAAAUUUUAAUAAGAAAAAAUAUACCUUUCGCAAUACAUAACUUUUUACUCUUAUCGAAAUUUAAAUACGUAAUUAUUCGUUGUUUUUUUUUAUAUCGCAGUUUCAGCCAGUAUGAACGAUAUUGUGGCCAAUUAACACCACCACAUUAGACAUAGACUGUUGUACAUAUUUUUGAAAAAAGAAAUUGACAAAAAGUAAUAAUAUUAAAUCGAUGUAUUUUUUCUAAAGAUGAUUUUCAUGGAGAGUUUGCUAAUGAGUGUGUGAAUGUGAUUAUGAAUCUAAAAAAAUAUUUUCUCUAUGACAGCACCACAGUUCAACGUUUUUUUUAUUGAAAAGUGAGUGAGCCGAGGAAUGUUACAUAAUUUUGAAUAAUUUUAAAUAAUUAAUUUCUUAAAUUGCAUACAGUUUCGCUUUACGUUUUUUGGCAUAAUAUUUCGCAUAAAGUUGAAAAGUUAUGCGAAAUGAUGAUUAAGUUAUGACGAAAAUUGUUAUGCAAACUAAAUGUAUGCCAUUUAAUUAUAUGGGAAACAUAAGUAUCCAAUUUUGACAUGUGAAAUAUUUUAUUUUAUUUAUUUCUUGGGAGUAAAAAAUCCUACUUUUAAAAAUUAAUAACUAUGUCACUUUUAUGAAAAUAUUUUGAUGUGACAGUUUAGAUAUGUGUUCAAGAGUUAUUUUACGUUUUAUACGUAUACUACGUUUGCACACCAUAAUAUUAAUCUAAUUUGGAUUUUUAGUGACCAUUUUAGAAUAACAAGUUUAUAUACUUCUGGUAAAGUAACUCUGUUGUAUGGAUUUUAUGAUUAUGACAAAAUAAAUCUCACUUAAGCAUGAGUAAGAGCGAAGUAAAUUUAGUGUGACGUUACGGCUUUCGAAAUGCUUAAAAUAUAGUAUUUUCGAUAUACGCCCGUAUAAGUUCGUGUAGUAUGUGUGUGUGUUUGUGACACGACGUCUUUGUAACACGGUUCAGUCACAAAAUUAACAUUUUUUAGUUAUGAUCAAUUCUCAUAUAGAAAUGUCUGUCUAUUUCGAUAUCAUGGAUACUCAUUCUUAGAUAACUGCGAAAGGCUCUUUUACUUGUAAAAUGGUCGUCCAAAAUCAAUACAAUUAUUUUACAAUUGAAAACCUUUCGCAGGAAUUUUUUUAAUAAAUUAACUCGCCAAUAUAGAUGUUUCUUGUUGUUUUUGACAGCUGUAAUUUUUCCUAUAGUUUUUGUAAUUACUUGUAAGUACUUUUGUUUCGUGUAAAUGGUAAUUAACAUUUAUGAAAUAAGCUGUGGAAUAUUGUGACGUAAUAUUUUUUAUUAACAAUUCACGCACAAUUGCCGUAUGUUCUAUAUAAUCUGUCAUUUUGACAGCUGUCAAAUUUCGACAUUGAACAGGGCGUCAUGGUGUUUAAAAAGUAAAUGUACAAAUAGUUUGUCGAUGGUCGCCGUGGUAACAGUUUUAAGUCAUCCGUUUUUCUAUUACUAUCGGUAAUUAAGAUUAGCCCAGGGUUAAAGGCCACUAUUAGUUCAUUUAUUUUUACAGAUAUGACGCCUAGGAUAUAUUUUUAAUAAUCGAAAAUAGAAUGCAACUAUCAGACCUCUUUGUGCUUAUUGGCUUCUACCAGUGCCAAUCUUGUUGGACUCUUAUACACGGUGUCAAGUUAUAAUUUUGAAUAAUAUGAGCUUAAUGUAGAAAAACCGCGCGGAAGGACGGUUGUGAUGUAAAAGAAGCCUUCUGCUGGGGCGUAAUGACAUCUUGUAGGAUUUAGUGUUGCAUUAUAGGAUUUGAGCUAUUUUGGCAGUUAUUGUGUAAGGAGAUAUUAUUUUAAUUCAAAGUUAUGUCCUGCUCCUUUAGGGCAUGGGAUAAUUCGAAAUAUGAAUGUGUAAUUGUUUAAAUGCUUCAAAAUAUAUUUUUUUAUAUUUAUAGGCAGUAAACUUAGAAAUUCACGAAUGCUGUCAUACUAAUUUUCAUUCGAAGACGAAUGAAAAUUACUAUGACAGCAUUAAGGACUUUUCGUAAAGAAAGAAGAAAUUUGUGUAGGUAGGUACUUUUGAUGUGGUUAAUAAAUAUCACCUUAAACAUGAAGCUAAAAUAUGUUAUGCAAAAUUAAAAUGGUUAAUAUUGCAAACUGCUUCCCGCUUUAUAUCGGUGGAAUAAGGUCUAUAUUUAGCCACUUUUCGAAGUACUUUUACAUUUUAUUCGUCUCGUCUGAAAAUAUCCUUGCCAGUUAAAAUAGCUCAAACUAUAAACAUUUUUAUCUAUGCACAACAAAUCACUUGUGUGUGUCAUAAUUUAUAAGUGGCUGUGGUGCCAUACAAAAAAAAGUUAAAAAUUUGACAAAUAAUAUAAUAAAAAAAAGUAUUAAAUCUAAGGUAGCGAUUGCUACGAUUUCGACGUUGUGUGUAGCCAGCUGAAUUUUUUUUCUAUUGUAGAAUUUUUGUUUUAAUUUUUGGAUUUUUUUGUGCUACUCAUAAGGAUGAUAGCAGUCUUGUAAAUGUAAUUGAAGAAGUAGCUUAGGUUUAAAUGUGUAAUUUCAAAUAUACAAAGGCAAUUUACAUAAUUAUUAUAUCUUAUACCAAAAAUGUGUUCAAUUUCACUGACUAAAAGUAAUACUUUUUGAUAUAAUCAAAAAAAAAAAUUGUAAAUAGUCAGUUUUAAAAUGAAAAAAAAAGUAUUUCUGAAAAAGUGAGUUAUUUCCAGUCUUUUCACUUGCUUUCCUAUUUAGAAUUGUUUGAAGUUAUGGCGGCCGCACACAACAUCGAAUUAUUUUUAUAACGAUAAUUAGCUUACGUUUGUCUGCGUUCUGUAAAUCGCAGUUUCGUCACUUAAUUCAUAAUGUUUGUAUAUGUCAGCCUUGAAUUUGGUCAAAUAAAACGGCGUUAUCUAGGUGCAAACAUACCAAAUAUUUCUAAGGUGGAACUGACAAUGAGCUCGCCUUCGUUGAUAAAAAAAAAUCUCCAAGGAACAAAAUGUCCAUAAAAAAAAAUUUACAAGCUGCUUUGUUUUCUUUUUUUUUUGCACGGAAAAAAUUUCAUAAGACUUGAAUCAGCUUAUAUUUUUCUAAAUUAUUAUAUAGUUUCAGUGGUUUAAAUAUAAAAUAGUACUCGAAAAAAGGUAUUAUUUCACAUUUUUCUUACAGCUUGACCGGUAAUCUGAUGUUCCAAGCCUUUUAAGUAUUUGGUAUGUUUUGUAUUAAACCAGUAUUUCUCUGAUAUAUAUUUGAUGUAAUCAAUACUCAGAAAAUCAUGUUAAGCUUUACAAUAUGUUAUAAUUAUUUGUUGAUAAUACUAAUGGUAAUAGAUUCAAUUUAUAUUUAAGUUUUAUACACACGCAUAAUGCUAUAAUUUAAUCAUAUGUAAUUAUAUUUUUUAAACAGCCAUUUUGUAAUAAUAGUUGUUUUUUUUUUAAACAUCGUGCCUUUUAUGCUUAGUUAAAUGUCAAUACCUCUACAAGGAUAUAUUAAUGUCAUAUUAAAAACAACAAAUUGAUGUACGGCCACAUUGUAAAGUUUUUACUACCUACAUACGUAUCGAGGUGGUAUAAUUUAUGUGGCCCACUGUACAAUAAGUAUACACAUAAUUCAUUUUGAUAAGCAUUUUGAUUUGUGCUACCACUAGAGGUAUUGAACAGAAAAUAUAAAAUCUUGUUAUCAAUCGGUAAUAGUUAAUUUUUUAAUCCGAUUAUUGGGUCUAUUUUUUUUUUUUUGGAAUGAGGAAAAUGGCGCGACCCUACCUACUGCCACCCUACAAAGGGGACUGUUAAAUAAUAUUUUUAAUCAAGUUCUUUUUUUAAAUAUAGAAUCUGUAAUACAUUAAACAUACGUUAUAAGUGGCCAGUGCCAACUACCUCUUAAAUAGUUUUUGUUAAACGCGAUUUUUUUUACUACAUACAUAAGCCGAUUCAAAUUUUAUUCUAUAAGGCUGACAUAAUAAAAUCGUAUAAUAUAAUUGUAGAGUAUAUUAUACGUGUGUAGCGUUAUAUUAUGCAUUUAGUGAUUAACAAACUUAAUGGAUAGCUAAUAGACAAGAUCUUUCUUACAAUAUAUAAAACUAUAUUUUAAGUAGAAACAAUUGUAAUGAGGCAUAAUAUAACGAGAGCAAAUGUUUUCAAAUCGAAUUUCUCAGCCAGCUUUUACUAUUUAAAUGUUGCCAGGUAAAACUGCAAAUUUGAGAAAUAGUUUUUAAUUUAUUGCUACCAUAUUGUAAAAAUUGUUGAAAAGUCAAUUUGUUAAAGUUAUUGUGUUAUAAACGAAAUAUGAUAACAAUAGUUUGCAUUGUGUUUGUACUAAAUUUGAUCUUUGGUAUUGAAAUGGUAAAAAUGGUCUGGUAGUUAAAAUAAAGAAUUCACACUCAUUUUUAUCUUUUUGUUUGAUAAUUGGUCAAAUGCUUAGUACAAAACACAUUAUGUAAGCGAUUAAAGCACUAAAAAGCAAUGUAUGGGUGACGAGAGUUGGAAAAUAAAAACCAAAAACUGCAAUG